GCUCGCGGGCUGCGUGUCAGUGCAGUCGACUUACAGCGGGCUGUGAGGAGCACUGGCGCGACCCUUUGUCCUUCACUACAACUCUUUUCACACGCUCAAACUUCGGAAAGUUUCUUUAAACUCGCGUUAAAGCACUUUUUACUCGCUAGGCACUCGAGGGGGACGGGUUAAACUAGUUGUUUUCGCCCUGUUUGAAGUUAAAAGGCUGGGCCUUUAGACACGCUCCUGACGAGAGAAAAAGAGAAGCCGCUCUUUCUGAGAUUAAAAGUCCAUAAAUGCUUUUUACCAAAAUGGACCUGUUGAACUACCAGUACUUGGACAAGAUGAACAACAACAUCGGCAUCCUGUGCUACGAAGGUGAGGCUGCUCUGAGAGGAGAGUCCAGAAUGCCGGCCAUGUCCCUGUCCUCUGCAGUCAGCAAUCACAGGACCGGUCCUCCUCCCAUCAGCCCCAGCAAGAGGAAACACAGCGGGGACCAAGCAGACGACGACAUCGACUCUAACAACGAGCAUGUGGCCAAGAUGAGCCGGCUGUUUGCCACACAGUUAGGCAAGCCUGCCAAUGGGGACUACCGCAAGGACCCCCGGGAUCGCAGCCGCAGCCCCAUCGAGCGCAGCAUGAGUCUGGUCGGGGGUCACCUGUACACCCACAUGCCCAGCCUGGCCAUGGACCAGCCCCUCGCACUGACCAAACACAUGGACGCCAGCCGCACGGUCACCAUCUCACCCACUGUGAGCCCCGUCGAGCGCCAGCAGAACCGCCCCUCUGUGAUCACGUGUGCCCCAGCGAUCAACCGUAACUGUAACCUCACCCACUGCACCGUGUCUCACAACGGCUGCUCACCCGGCCUGACUCCAAGCUACCGCAGAGCCUCCAACUCUAACACAGCCUGCGACCCCGUCAUCGAGGAGCAUUUCCGUCGCAGCUUGGGAAAGAACUACAAGGAGCCGGAGCCGGUCACAAACUCUGUGUCCAUCACCGGCUCGGUGGACGACCACUUCGCCAAGGCUCUGGGUGAGACGUGGCUGCAGAUCAAGGCCAAGGGCAGCUCCUCCGGAAGCCCAGACUCCUCUCCCAACGGCCACAUGGUCAACCAUAGUCACUCCCCUUCCCUGGUGUCUUGAGAGGAGCGUCUCGAAGCUGCCGUGCAUGUUUUAGCAGAGCUGAUGUUUAGCUGUGUACAUAAGAGCGCACGACCAGGAGGUGCUCCUUCUACUUCAGUUGUGCUUUUCUCCUUUUGAUUCUUUUCCUUUUGUUUGUAAGUAUGCUAGUAUACUUUUAGCUUGGCUGUUGUGUUAUGGGAUGCCCAUACCUUUGUUUGUUUGUUUGUUUGUUUGUUUUUCAAGAUAAAAAUCAGCCAGACACUAUUGAACCAUCUGCCUCAGAUACCAAAGAGACUUUUCCCCAGAAGCCAUUCUUCCAUGGCACCCAUUGUCUUUCACACUCUCUCCCGCUUGUGUCCCGAGUCUGUAUCUGUAUGUGUGUACUUGAAAAGGAAGGCCUGGACUGAUUUUGCACUAUGGAUGGAUGGAUGGAUGGGGGUUGGAUACACAUGAUUGGAUGUUGGUUUUGGAGGGUGACACAGGUGCGGUUCACAUCUCUUUGACAGGAAACAUUGGUCGGUCAGUCGCUUCGGCUCAGAUUGGUUUUCCCAGGCACUGUGGUUUCAGUAGAGUAGAGUAAAGGUUUAAGGGUAAGCUAGUGCUUCUAAGUGCAUGUUUUUAAAAUAGCUGGUAUCUAUUAUUGUGUAGACAUUUCAGUCGUAAUCCUUUUAGCCUUUUCUUCAGAUUUGAUUUUAUUUUUGACAGUAACAGUCCUAGAUAAACUUACUGCUGGUACAGUUGUACUUCAUAUUAUUAUUGUCUAAUCAAUAUUCAUUGUGGUAGCUGCCAGAUAGGAGAGAAUCGCCUCUGGACAGGCCGUCUGUAUAUUAUCGGUUGGUUUAGUAUGAUUAUUAAUCCUCACGUGGUACAGGAUGCUGUCGCUCUGCAUGACUGAACAAGAAGCAUUCGCAGCUGUGGACGGGUCAACUGCAGCGUUGACCAUCUGCUGAAGACGUGUGUGUGUGUGUGUGUUCUUCAUCUUCUCUUAAUUCUGCAUUCAGCUUUGUCCCAGCGGUCCGCCUGUACCGAAACUAAACACAUUCCUCCGAUACUUCUUGACGAGACGCUCGUCCUUACAUUCCUUCGGCCGAUCUUUCACUCUCUGCUCUUUGGGCAGGUAUCUCUACACGAGACCUUGAGGAUUUCCUCUCCGUCACACACACAUUUCAUGACUCUCGGCUUGUGACACACCUUACCCUACACGCUGUAGGUAAAUCACUUACUCAAAAACAACAAAAAAAGUUUUUAUAUAGGAAAAUAUGAGACCAUCAUUACGCUGCGCGUAACGAAUGUACAGAGAAAAACAAUUGUAGGUAUUUUUUGAGGAACAGUUAAUUUGUUAAUGAUAUGUAGCUAUUUAAUUUUCCCUUGUCCUUUAUUGUAAUCAUGCUUCUUCUUUUUUUUUUUGAGGAAAAAAGUUGAUCUUUUUUGUUUGUAGGUUGUGUCUAAGGUUAAAGUGCAGGAACACAGUUAUUGUAUGAACACACUGCGUUAGUGUAAUAGCCACUUGUGUAUUAUUUCUGAAGGCUACUGAGUCUGAACGGAGGCUUGGUCCGUCUCUGGAGAAACUGAACAAACAGACUCGAGUCUGAGGGACAUCUCUGUUUGAUGUGCGCUUCCAGGAGAACCACAAACUCUUCUCUGCACCUCCGUGUAAAUCUGUAUUAUACCCUCAUUUCAUGGCCUUGUUUCUCUUUGAAUAAAACAAACUUUUGGCAGGCCAUUGUUUUGUACUUUUAAGUAGCCUCAAUGAACAAUAAAGUGCUCUUAAACCACA